GCCCAAGUGAUACUAUAAAAUAUGUAAAGAUUAAGAAAGAAAAAAAUGGUGAAGAAUUUAAUCUAAGCAAUAUUCUUGAUGAAUAUCCUGAUGGUUCUCAAAUUCUUCAAUCACUAUUGAGUAAUUAUAAAAAUUUCGAUUUGAAACCUGAUAAAGAAGGAAUAUCAUUAUCGACAAUAAUGGACUGGUGGUAUAAG